UUUAAAGUAAAUCAUUAUUCUCAUUAUUGAUUUAAUAUUAAACAUAAUUAUUAUUAGUUAAUGGGCUUGAUUAGUGAUUAGGUUGAGGAUGCAUCCGUGGAACAGGCCAGGAGGGAGUGGGGACCAUUAUUAUCGUCUUCAUCAUCAUCAUCAACGCCACAUACAGGAAACUACUGAAGAAACAUUUCGUACCGAAGUCUCAGAAGUUAUAGACUUACGAGGACAACAAAUCCCAAUAAAGAAAAGCAAAAGAAAUCGACUUGCCUUCACGACAGAGCAAAUCAACUUCUUGGAAAUGGAGUUCAAGAAAUUUCCGUACAUAGAUAAAAAUCAACGUAAAGUAAUAGCAGAUUACUUGAAUAUUCCCGAAAAAGCAAUAAAAGUGUGGUUCCAAAAUCGUCGAAUGAGAGAAAAGAAAGACCAAGAACUAGGCUACCUAGAAAUUGAUGACCAACGCUUCACGAGUCCCGUAGACUUUGUCAAUGAAGAAAUUGGCGUAUCGACUCAGUUAAUACCACUAAUCAAUGAACCUCCCAAUCCCAACCCUUUACCAGAACUGACAGUGUCUCCAAUGGUAAGCCAUGUUGAGCAUAUAGACUUGACAGACUCGGAACCUAAUUCAGGACAGGAUUUUGAUACAGACAAACUUAAAUAUUACAAAGAAUCAAUAUCACCGGUCCCAGAAACCAUCGUUCUCAGAUCACCUAAAGCGCAAUCCAGCAAAUCAACCAAAUCUAGUUCUCAAUCGGAAUACCGUUCGUCUGCAGAAUUUUCAAUAGACUUAUGUAAGAAAUACCAGAAUAUUGUCAAAGAACCACAAAGUAAAACGGAAGAAGUUCGUACGAUACCAGUACCAGUACCUACAACACCUCCACGAUUGCCACGGCGGCAACGCGUAUCAAGGUUUGAGCAACAAUCUUUGCCUGAAGACCUUUCGAUUAAAUCGAGUAGUAAGAGUCGGUUGCCAAGUCCUCAAACUAGCGUGAGCCCGUCAAAUUCAGGUCUAAUUCCUGUUUACGUGAAUUACACGCAGUCUCUUUUGUCUGCGGGGAAUAUAUUAUGGAAGCCAGUGAAUGUUGUGCCGAUAAUGCAGCCUGGAGUGCCCGGGGUGAAUGUGCCUGGUAUUGUGCCUGGUAAUCCACCUGGGCCGCUGUUGAGGGCUCCAUCUCCGCAUUGCAAAAAAUGCAAAUGUAACUGCCGCAAUGAUGCUCCCCCAUCCACCACUGAUGCUCCGCCAUCCAUUUCAACAGAAUCCAGCUCUAGUCCUCAAGUCAAAUCUGAAAUAGCUACUUCACCAAAUAAACCUAAAUAGA